CCACAUGUAGCAAAAACGUGGUCUUUUUAACGCUUCAGAGUUCAAAUUCAGUAAAGAUGAAAGACACUUGCGUUUGCAUCUCACUGAGAAAUAGUGUCAAAAAGAGUCAAAAGAGAGUCAAAAGAGAGAGAAAGGAGCUCCCACUAGUUGACGGAAGAACUAAUGGAACCACUCACAAGCUGUGUGAAUCCUCCCUUGCCUACUCAAAGGUUACUGGGAAAAGUGGCAUUGGUGACUGGAGGAGCCACUGGUAUAGGAGAGAGCAUCGUGCGGUUGUUUCACAAACAUGGUGCAAAAGUAUGUAUUGUAGAUAUCAGUGAUGAUGCUGGCCGACGCCUCUGUGAUUCCCUUGGCGGUUACCCGACAAUUUGUUUCUUCCAUGGCGAUGUUACUAAAGAAGAUGAUGUUAAACGUGCUGUUGACUUCACAGUUGAAAGUUUUGGCGCUCUUGAUAUUAUGGUUAACAAUGCAGGGAUCACGGGUCCUCCUUGCGAUGACAUUCGUAAUGUGAACCUCUCUGAUUUCGAGAGGGUAUUUGAUGUAAAUGUGAAGGGUGUUUUUCUGGGGAUGAAGCAUGCUUCUCGAAUAAUGAUCCCAUCAAAGAAAGGAUCCAUAAUUUCUCUUUGUAGUGUUUCGGGUCUCUUAGGGGGGCUUGGCCCACAUGCAUACACAGGAUCCAAACACGCUGUUUUGGGCCUGACGAAGAGUGUGGCAGCUGAACUAGGAUUGCAUGGUAUUCGGGUCAAUUGUGUAUCUCCCUACGCGAUUCCAACGAACUUGGCCUUUCCUCAUUUGCCCGAAGAUGAAAGGACAGAAGAUGUUAUUGCUGGUUUCCGGGCUUUCAGUGGAAGCAAAGCCAAUCUGAAGGGGUUGGAGUUGACAGUUGACGAUGUUGCUAAUUCUGUGCUUUUUUUGGCGAGCGACGAGGCAAGGUAUGUAAGUGGAGAUAAUCUUAUGGUUGAUGGAGGGUUCACAGUUGUGAAUCACUCCCUACAAGUCUUCAAAUGAUUUAUGUUGCCUAGUCUUCUAGCAGGUGAUUGUUCAUCACAUUGUUUAGAUUUGAAUAAUUGGUAUGUAUUUGGUGAUUCAAAUGCUGGUCUUUGAAAUAUCCAAAAGUUUCACACAUUCGUUAAGAAAA